AUGUAUCAAAACCCGGAAUCCCCCCAAAGCAAAGAUCGAGGUUGGCUCUGCUUUUGGCUUGCAGUUCUCGCAGUCGGGGAGCUACACAAUAACAACGGACACACCAGUACCGAUAACGGCGUGGGAACAACACCCGACAGGGAACCUCCAGGAGCCGAGUAUUAUCACCAAUCCGUUGCGUUUCUUCAGCAGGUGGCUGAGAAUCCCGAUGUAUUGUACAUCGAGACCUUAUGCUUACUUGCAAUCUACGCUUUUUCCAUGGACAAAAUCAACACUGGCUAUAUGUUCAACGGUCUCGGUUUGCGCGCGGCCCUGUCACUCGGCUUGCACCGAAGUCCUUUAGAUAUCCCGUCUGAAGCCUCGGAUCUCCGUGUGGCGGAGAGCGAACACCAGAGGCGCGUAUUCUGGAAUGUGUACUAUCAAGAUCUACUUACUUCCUCCACCACGGGUCGCCCCUGGGGUAUCCUUGACGACGAAAUAAACAUUGAUUAUGCCGACUCCAGUCGUAUUUCCGGCGACUCGGUGAUGGAGUUCUUUGACUCCGAAGAGGCCAAUGCACACAUGGAACUCAUGCGCCUGAGAGGUCAGGCUUAUUCCUCCUUAUAUGGUUAUGCAGGCACUGCGAUCAACCCCUACUCUCAUAUCUCACUGUACGAUUUUGACCUGAGGAAUUCUUUAUCACAACAACACCUGGACAAGAUGGAUGAAUUCCACCAAGGCCUCAUCGCCUGGCAGCAGGAGCUCCCGGAAAGACUGAAGCUCGCCAGGAGUUUGGAUGGAUCGGGAUUUAACCCAAGCCGAUCGAUCGCGAGCUUGCAUCUCACCUAUCAUCAAACCAUCCUCGUGCUCCUUAGGCCAGCUUUGGUCAAUAUCCAUAAUGACCGUUUCGAAGCACGAACUAGGGUACAUCCCGAUAUGGUCGACGCCUCUCCCGUGUUGAAGUCAAUGCUGCGAGCAUUUUAUAAUGCUAUUUUAGACUCUGCGCGAGAGACAGCUAGUAUCCUGGAGUGGCUGCAAUACCAGGGUGCUCUAUUCACCUAUUCCUAUUUUGAUGCCAGCUACGCCUUCACUGCUGCCAUAGCACUUCAGCUUGCCAGCACCAUGCGGUCAUUCGAGUAUCCCAACCAGGACGCUCUGCAAUUUACGGACGAGGACUUGUCUGCCCUCGGCAGCCUAAUUGGUAUCCUCCGUCAGCAGAGCCUAGCGGGUAACUUACCUGCGAAACAUUUCGACAGACAGCUGCGGCUGCUAGAGAACAACCUCCAAGCUCUCCAAACAGCCCUGGACAACCUUGUGGGCCUGGAGGACCUCAAUUUUGAUCUCGACUACUUAGACCCAGGGACAUCAUCCCUGUCGGGUAAUUUUGAUGCACUGCUACGGAAUGAACCAUAA